AUGGUGGCUCUAGCUGAGUUGCAGUUGGUUCUGCUGAUGGUGGAGCUCCAGGUGACAGGAACACCCUCCAGAGGCUUCGAUGAGAAGGCGUACCUGUCGGCCAAGCAGCUGAAAGCCGGAGAGGACCCCUACAGGCAGCAUGCCUUCAAUCAACUGGAGAGCGACAAGCUGAGCCCAGACCGGCCCAUCCGGGACACUCGCCAUUACAGUUGCCCAUCCGUAUCCUACUCCUUGGACCUGCCGGCCACCAGCGUCAUCAUCACCUUCCACAAUGAGGCCCGCUCCACCCUCCUGCGCACAGUGAAAAGUGUCCUGAACCGAACUCCUGCCAACUUGAUCCAGGAGAUCAUUUUAGUGGAUGACUUCAGUUCUGAUCCUGAAGACUGUCUGCUCCUGACCAGGAUCCCCAAGGUCAAGUGCCUGCGCAACGACCGGCGGGAAGGGCUGAUCCGGUCCCGAGUCCGCGGGGCAGAUGUGGCCGCAGCUGCCAUCCUCACUUUUCUAGACAGCCACUGUGAAGUCAACACCGAGUGGCUGCAGCCCAUGCUGCAGCGGGUGAAGGAGGACCACACCCACGUGGUGAGCCCCAUCAUUGAUGUCAUCAGUCUGGACAAUUUCGCCUACCUUGCAGCAUCUGCUGACCUUCGUGGAGGAUUCGACUGGAGCCUGCAUUUCAAGUGGGAGCAGAUCCCUCUUGAGCAGAAGAUGACCCGGACAGACCCCACCAAGCCCAUAAGGACGCCUGUCAUAGCUGGAGGAAUCUUCGUGAUUGACAAGUCCUGGUUUAACCACCUGGGAAAGUAUGAUGCCCAGAUGGACAUCUGGGGAGGAGAGAAUUUUGAACUCUCCUUCCGGGUGUGGAUGUGCGGCGGGAGUUUGGAAAUCGUCCCCUGCAGCAGGGUGGGCCAUGUCUUCAGGAAACGGCACCCCUACAACUUCCCUGAGGGCAAUGCCCUCACCUACAUCAGGAAUACCAAGCGCACUGCAGAGGUGUGGAUGGAUGAAUACAAGCAAUACUACUACGAGGCCCGGCCCUCAGCCAUCGGCAAGGCCUUUGGCAGUGUGGCCAUGCGGAUUGAGCAGAGGAAGAAGAUGAACUGCAAGUCCUUCCGCUGGUACCUGGAGAACGUCUACCCAGAGCUCACGUGA